AUAGUGCACACAAGUCGCCUCUAUCUCCUCUCACUUACAUGACGAUAGAAGGCUUUUGUUGGGUCGUUUGGAAAUAUUCUUAAAGUUUGUAUGUGAGACCAUAUUCACAACAGUUUAAGUCACCAUAUAGCAACGUUAGGAAAGUUGUGUUAACAAAUUGCGCGAAGGCCAGAAGUGGCCUAUAUAUUAUCAUUUGUGUUUAGUAUUUAGACAUAUUUUGUCUGAGUGUUAUUUGGAAAGUUUACCAAAAUUGAUACCGAAACCAUGCGGGACCGGCCGGAAAUCCGGUGCGAGGAUAAAGAUGUUACUGACGAUCUCAGGAAUACAAAGAUUGUACUACCAGAUAUCGUAGUUCUACGCCAAAUAUCCCACGAUGCGAAAGGUUGCAACUCCGAGCCGGGAUCGAGAUCCUCCUCUUUUAAACACUCGGAAAAACCAAAAUACCUUCAUGUGAAGUUCGAAUCUAUCCGGCGAAAAAGCAUGCCGGACAAUGUGAUGAGUCCGGAGGAAGCCGCUCAAAUACAGGAUCACGUUGACGCGCUGAUGGCCGAACCGCCACAACAAAUACAAAGAGUGCGCUCCUUCAAAAUCUCUUCUAAAGGAAUAGUGAACAGGGGUGACUCGUUUCGUCGGUCUAGUUUAAGUAAUUCUCAAUCCUCGUUAAGUAAAUCGGACAGCACUAGAAGAACACAAUCACCAUUGUGUAAGCCAGCUCCUAAACAGGAGAAAGUUGUGGACCUACUCGCGCCUGAUCAGGACGUGUUUCAGGUCUCGAUUGUUGGAGCUAUGGGUGUCGGCAAAACUGCAAUCAAACACCAGUUUGUCACUUCGGAAUAUAUGGGCAACCUCGACACCUUCUCAGUGGAGUCAGGGCAAGAAACUGCGGUUCCAGUGAUGCUUGAUGACGAGGAAUCCAUUGUUCUCUUCACAGACUACGACGAUGCAGAGGAUUGUGACGUUAUGUCGAACAAAGACGCCAUAGUAUUGGUUUUCUCGGUAACAGACAGAAAAUCCUAUAACUUUGCUGUGGACUGCUUACUUGAUCUACGGCAAACACUCAAGUCCAAUCAAGUCAUAAUCCUUGUGGCUAACAAAGCGGACAUCGUUAGAGGUCGAGAAAUAACUAGUGAAGAGGCAAAAGCUACUGCCGAGCAGUACAGAUGCAAGUAUGUGGAAACGUCGGCAUCCCUCAACCAUAAAAUCGACGAGCUCCUUGUGGGUGUUCUGAAACAAAUUCGACUACAGAAAAAGGGGAAAGGAAAGGAAAGCAAAUCAGAUACUUCAGGCGGCUCGGCUGCUGCUGCUACAGGAGCAAACGCAACCAUACCCGACUCUGAAGAAUCCAAGCCAGAGGAAACGCAAAGCGAGUCCGUUAUCAAGCGAUUCUUUAAAGGGUUAUUCGGUCGCUUUAGCAAGAAGAAAGAUAAUGUUGACAACCUUUACAACUGAACGAAAUGGUGCUGCCUUGCUGUUAUGAUAUAUAAAGAAUAUGGGGCCAAAUCGUGUCUGUUACCGGCGAGAUACAGAAUAAUUAUAGCAUAUGUUAAAUAUUCAAAGGUACUGCUGUAACGAAACAAAAAAUAUAAAAAAAAAUAUAAUCAGGGAAUAUAUGGUGUAUUUGUAUAUAAGGAUAUAUAUAUAUUGUUCGGAAUUUUCCUGAAAUAUGCCUCGUUUAUAAACAUGUUUGCAUAUCGUUCUGUGCCCUGGUGGUAAUAUUUGCAGUUUAGUUUCAUGUAGUCUCCAUCCUGUCGUAAAAUUAUUUUUAUUGUAAACCUGUGACUAAAUUGACCAUGGAAAUAUUACAUUUUAAAGGUCUUAUCGGGGCGAUAGUUAAAAUCUGUGCAAAGAAUUUAAGAUGAGAAAGAAACCAUUUGGCCCCAUACAGGAAUCAUUGUCCAUGCUAACAGCACCAAGGAAUAGAGAAUAACAAAAAAGGAAUAUCUAAACGCGUCCGUCCAUGAAACUCAAUAUGCCAAUACUAUUGAGUUGUAUGCCCUAAAACCAUACGUGUUUAUCAUAAAAUUUAGGACAGGUAUACAGAUUGAUAAAAACAGAAUCAGACAGAUAAACCGACUUGAUGUUUGGAUUUCAUAAGAUUAUCAGAAACAGUAAAAUUGUCCAUGAAAAAACCGUUCGGUGUAUACCGAAAGGCUUUUAUUCAGAAACAUAAAAUGACUGACGGGUUUGUGUUUUUGUUUUUUCGUGUAUUGCUGUUUAACAAUUUGCGCCAGUAAUAUUCAAAGGUGUAAAAUAUUUCUAAAAUUUAGGAAUAAAAAAAAUUGUCGGGAAGAAACCAGUCGGUACACUACUAUUGUGAUCAAAAUACAUUUUUAUUAAUCUCUUUGUUUUUAAUUUUAUAUUGUUUAACCAAGUGCAAUGUUUAAAGGACAAAAGCAAAAUACGACAAUACAAAACCCUCAUUUCAAAUACAUAGUAAAUAAUGACAUGUAAAUAAUUCUUAAAAACCGUUUAAGUUUCAGACCUUUUUCCGUUUUACGAUAGAUGUGUAGCUGUUUUGACAACCAAAUAUAUCAUUUAUGCUAAAUGACAUACGUCCGUGCCCUGUUCAUACAAAAUAAGGGUAAUGCGCUUUAUUUCUAAUGGUUUAAGCGACAUUUGAUUAUAGAUGUCCCAAGCGACACCUUAUUGAAUAUGAUAUUUUAAUGUUGUGUGAGUUCACAAAUCAUACUUUCAUUUAAGACAUUCCUUAUCAUUAACCAUCUUGAAUUGAAUAAAAUAUUUUUGCAAGUUCCAA